AACAAACCCAAAACAAUACACGACUGAUAACAGCUUGUUUUGUGGCGUUUAAAGGUACUAAGAAGACGCCUGAGGUCCAGAGGUUCGAUCAGUGUGGAUUACUUUUGAAGGCCUGGCGUUCAUUCAACGAUAUUGACAACCUCUCCCUCCUUUUUUUAGAGUUUGCAUGACUGAAGCGCUCAAGAGCGCUGCCAGUGGACAAUCAGACCAGCACACCCACCUUCCACACUCACUCGCAUAUCUCAUUUUCUUACUCCAAAUUACAUCGCCGAGGCUUGUUGGCGCGGAAAAAACACCGGAGAGAAAUUAGUUUGAAGUGUACGCCGCAGUGAGGCAGCGAACCAGCCACAAUCCAACAUGGAGUCCCCGCCUGAUCCAGCGAGCGACCCGGCCAACAGCGCCUCGGAGCCGGCUACCCCGGUCAGGGAAACCCCGGUAAGCCUGGAGACGCUCCGGAAAGCGGACCAACCAGCCCCGGUUCGAAGGCAGACCUGUUCGAGCACCAAUAGAGGCAUAUCGGUGACGAAGAAGACACACACCUCUCAAAUCGAAAUAAUUCCCUGCAAGAUCUGUGGAGACAAAUCAUCAGGCAUCCAUUACGGUGUGAUAACAUGUGAAGGCUGUAAGGGCUUCUUCAGGAGGAGUCAGCAGAGCAAUGCGGCCUACUCCUGCCCCCGCCAGAAGAACUGCCUGAUCGACCGCACCAGUCGCAACCGCUGCCAGCACUGCCGGCUGCAGAAGUGCCUGGCAGUGGGCAUGUCACGGGAUGCGGUCAAGUUUGGCCGCAUGUCCAAGAAGCAGCGAGACAGCCUCUACGCCGAGGUCCAGAAGCACCGGCUCCAGCAGCAGCAGCGGGACCACCAACAGCAGCCUGGGGAGGCAGAGCCACUCACACCGAGCUACGGCCUCACGGCCAAUGGCCUCACAGAGCUCCACGACGACCUCAGCGGCUAUAUGGACGGCCAUACUCCCGACGGCACCAAACCCGACUCGGCCGUCAGCAGCUUCUACCUGGACAUCCAGCCCUCCCCGGACCAGUCCGGCCUAGACAUCAACGGCAUCAAGCCUGAGCCCAUUUGCGACUUUGCCCCCGGCUCGGGCUUCUUCCCUUACUGCUCCUUCACCAACGGAGAAACUUCUCCCACCGUGUCCAUGGCAGAACUAGAGCACUUGGCCCAAAAUAUCUCCAAAUCACACAUGGAGACAUGUCAGUACCUGAGAGAGGAGCUGCAGCAAAUGACCUGGCAGGCCUUCCUGCAGGAGGAGGUGGAGAGCUACCAGAGCAAGCCGCGGGAAGUCAUGUGGCAGCUGUGCGCUAUCAAAAUAACAGAGGCCAUUCAGUAUGUGGUGGAGUUCGCCAAGCGCAUCGAUGGCUUCAUGGAACUGUGUCAGAAUGAUCAGAUAGUGUUGCUGAAAGCAGGCUCUUUGGAAGUCGUGUUUGUCAGAAUGUGUCGUGCCUUUGACUCGCAAAACAACACGGUCUAUUUUGAUGGAAAGUACGCCGGGCCAGAUGUGUUCAAGUCAUUAGGCUGUGACGACUUGAUCAGCUCCGUCUUCGAGUUUGGGAAAAACUUGUGUUCUAUGCACCUGUCUGAGGAUGAGAUCGCCCUGUUCUCCGCCUUUGUGUUGAUGUCUGCCGAUCGGUCCUGGCUUCAGGAGAAAGUGAAGGUGGAGAAACUCCAGCAGAAGAUCCAGUUGGCUCUUCAGCACGUCCUGCAGAAGAACCACAGAGAGGAUGGUAUCCUUACAAAGUUGAUAUGCAAAGUGUCGACACUGCGGGCGCUGUGUAGUAGGCAUACAGAAAAGCUGACGGCUUUCAAAGCAAUAUACCCAGACAUUGUGCGUGCCCACUUCCCCCCCUUAUAUAAGGAGCUGUUUGGAUCAGACUUUGAGCAGUCCAUGCCCGUUGACGGGUAGCAGCCCCGCCAGGCGCCAUGGCGCCCACCGUAUGGGGAAUGUGGAGGAGGAAUCUGAGACACUUUAUAUCAGUGCCCUGCACGGACAAGAUGGGACAAGAUGGCACGCUGCUCAACAUCUUCUUUUUCAUGGAGGAGUCGGGCCGACGGAGUUGAUUCUCAAGGUUUACUUUUGUGGUUCUCUUUGGAAGACUUGGGGAGGGGAGCCAACGCACCCCCUGAGAUGAGGACAAUUUCUGCCCAGCUGAACUUGACCAUCUUUUGGGCAUUUCUAAGACAAAACUCAUGAUAGAUGUCAAUCAUAUGCUCAUUCACUUAUGGACUUAUUGAUUUCAAAUUGUACAAAUUAGUCAUUUUGGCGUUGGCAUGUUCCACUGGAGCAUCCAUGCUCGUGUAAACGCUGAGAAAACUGCAAUAAUUCUCUUCAUUCAAAGCAGUUGCACACAUUCAAACAUGAAAUGCUCACAUUUUGGUCACGUUCGGCUGUUUUUUUCUCUCUCUCGCUCUCUCUCUCUCUCUCUCUUGUGUUCAGUCGUAUCUUUCGGAUGCAUUUCUUGGGACGCAAACUCACAGCGACUCGCGGGGAGGCUCUGUCGGCAUGGUGAUGCAAUCGGCACCUCCCUAUGGACAAUCGUUUGAAGAAGACUUUCAAAACAAAAAAGAACCAUAGAAUUCUGGUAAUUCUACUGAAAAUGAUUUUAGCUGUCAAAAAAAAACAAACCCUCCAUCCACCAUUGUUGCAUAGUGAAAUCAUGUAAGGCCAUCUGCUAUUAAUCCUUCUCUGGAAGGGUGCCCUGGAGAAGCACGGGGCACCAACACAAGGAAAAGGGUCCAUUCCACCUGUUUUAUAAUGUACUACAGGGUAUAUGGUCAUAAGUACUUACUAUACAGAAAAAAAGUAAUGUUUAUAGAAUCUAUUUUAAAUAACAUGUAUGAUAUUCGUAGUUAGACGAUUCUUAAUUGUUCAAUUGAUAAGGCACUUUUAUUUACAUCUUUGUUUAAUUUAAGACUUGUAUAUUUACCUAGUGAUGUGUUGCAUGUGCACAAGAAGAAAUACAAGUUGAACCGCGGCUACAAAGGCUAGUACUGGGAGCUGGAGGAGGUCAUGUCUGGCAGGGAGGAGUGUAGGGGGGGGGGUGUUGGCGCUGCUGCAUCGGUGGCCAUGAGAAGGCACAUUGGAGACACUCUAUCCAGAAUUGGAGCUCAAUGUAUUUGCGAAAUACAUUUGAAGCGCACAAAUGAAAAGCUGCCUUUCAAAAAGAUCAGAAUGUUCAGGUGUGUCCGAGAGGUACUCAUAUGAAUCAUACUGAGAGCUGCGUCUUAUAUUUUGCCACUCAUGUAGCUUAAUAAUUGAAUCUAAAUAUUAGAAACAGCUCCCAGUGUGAUGCAGUGCAGUACUACACCAAUACAACAAAAAAUAUGGUUAAAUUAAUCGACCUUGACCCGAGUUCAAAUUUGGUGUCAGUAGCAUUAACAGAGUGAAUAUUAAUUUGGUGAAUGGCUGGAAAUGACACAAAAAAUUGAAAAAGUAUUUCUAACAGUUUUAACAAUAUGCAAUUAAUUUCAUCCUUGGUAUUUUUUGCACAAUAUAUAUUUGGUAACAGAUUACUUACAGGGGGAAAAGUGCUAUGGAUAUGUAUUUUUUUUUUCUCUUGUAAACUUAUGGCUGAAGUUAACAGGAUUCCUUACAAUGGUGCAAAAAAAUCUGAAUAAUUUUCAGAACUGCAAAAACAAAAUACAUACAUUAAAUAUAAUUCAAAUAAACUGAACUUGCAUUUUCACUCCAAAUUUGCUCAGGUUUGGACUGAUCUGCACAGUAACAAUUGGACGCUGCCUGGUGGGGUACAUUGUGGUUAUCUACAGCCAUGUGUUACCACUCAUCUUUGUGAAAGGCCUGAUUUUUUUAAAUAUUUGUGAAGCGAGCCAAGUGCAAUCCAAUUGUUCCAUCUAGUGGAAGGUAAAGACACAGCAAGCAGUGUCAGUGCAUGGUGAAAUAGGAUUUGGAUAUUAUUUUGUUUGUGGAGUGACUUUAUCUGCCUUCUCAAGCCAGCGCUGCAGAAAUAACAAUGAAGGGAAAGUGAAUAUUCAAAGCCUUGUCUGGUCGUAAAGCUUCUAUUUUUGUAACACAUUUUUUUCCCAUUGGUUAAUGAAGUCAAGAAAGGGGAAAACGGGGUGAAAAAAUGUCAGAUAGCACUUAAGUAUAUUCCCGCAAUAAUUAGACUAGCAGUUGUUUGUACGAUUAGGGAAGAGAAGCAUAAAACGUUAGGACAAGUGCUAUUUUCAGAAUGCUUUGUUGUCGUGCUUCUGUUUUUGUUGAGUGUGUCUUUCUUGUCGCUGUGGUCGUAAAGUGAUAGACAAAAAAAACACAAAAAAAAACCCUCAAUGUGCCAAACGGUAGUCGUCGCUUUCUGCUUUCCAAGUCUAUGGACUCCUAAGACAUUCCAGCAAACUCAGUAGCGACUUCUAGGAAGAACUUUAUUUUUAAAGGCAACACACACACACAAAAAAAGAGAAAACGUACAUUAAAAAAAAGACAUCCCUUUAGAAGCAUGCCAGCAAAUCUGUCACCAACCAUGACUUUUUGUUUUCUUGCUUGCACACCGUCAUUCCUCUGCCGUGCAAUUUGUGCAAGGUGUCCCUACUGCCUUGUACCGUCACCCCUCAGGGAAGAGUUUGUUUCAUUUGAUUGUUGUGUUAUUGUUUUUGUUCAGGGAUGCUCCACCGCCAUUGGUUGACAUGUGAAUAUUCAUUACUGACAGGGGCCACUCAUAGACCACUUAGGCCCCUUGAGGUCAAAGCAAAAGCCACAAAAAGGAAGAGAAACAUCACUUUUACAACAUCACUUUUAACAACAAAAAGAGUCAAAGGUGUCAUCAGGGUCCCUCUUUGUUAGCCAAACCAAAUAUUCUUAUGCAAUACUAAAUCUGUUGAUGUUUGGGUUGUAGUAUUUAUGCUGUAGCUAGAAGUAAUCAUAUGUUUUGAUGCACAAGCCCAGUACCACAAGUAAAACCUCAGUCUCCCAGCAGAACAAACUUUCCAUUCUGGAAAAGUGCUAGACAAUCCAGGAAGGAGAGGCCCUGGCCGAGAGGAUGAGGUGUGUACGCUCAGGGAGGAGACAACUAUUAGACGCUCACACACACACACACACGCACACGCGCGACGAGGUGAAAAUGUCCUGUCUUAUUAUUUAUUUCCUGCAGGAAUCUUUCUUGACAUUAACUUUAAAAAAAUACCCCCUAAAAGGAGAGUGUGUUUGAGUGUUUUUAAUAUGUAAAAUAAGCAAUAUGGCCUUGUGGUGUGAUUACGGGUUUGACUGACUUUAUCCAUGCAGCCAACUUUUAGAAAGUAAUAAAUCCGCCGUGGUCAUCAGAGUGUCCAAAUAUAAAGCUGUAAAAUCUUUCUGUAAAUUCUCAUUCAGUUAAUCAAGGGAUUGAUGUGUGCUACGUGUGCUAUUCAAUCAGUGUAUAGUAAAAUGGUCCUCCUGUCUCUGUUCUGUUGUCUCUUUGUACAAAGCAAUAGUGUGUGUGUGUCUGUGUGUGUGUGUGUGUGUCUGUGUGUGCGUGUUGUCGGUGUGGUUAAAUAACUUACAAAAAAAAAAAAACACCCAGACAAGGCUUUAAUAAUUACAAAGGAACAGGGUUAUGUGGGAGAGAAAGUGUUGAUCUUUUAAUUAUUAUUUUUAUUUCAUUUUUUUUUUUAAUGCUGAGCUCAAUCCAUCCUCAGUAGAUAGCAGGUAAAGUGUGACAUAACGCCUUCAACAAUGCAACUGGAUUUUAAAAUUAUCCUUAAUAGUGCACUCAAUGGAAUUAUUUUAUUUAUUUUUUUACUUUUUUUUUUUAUUUCUUUUCUGUUUGGCUGUGUGACGUCAUGUGGUUCUACUGCCAUAGAGCAUCCCAUCCCAGGAUAGCAUGCACAUAUGGUUCCUUGCUCUCUGAAAAGCUCCAUCGUGAGUCGUUCCUGAUGAUACAUUGUGAAGCUGUGCGUUAUGUCACCCUUAAAAGACGACCAUUCUGUUUCAACACAUUUUCCAAAGCACAUCUGAUAAGGAUUCAAAUAGGAAUCUAGUUUUACAAAAUAAAUGAAAAGCAACUUUUAGCCAUAAUUGAAUGUCAAGCAAUAAUAUAUGUCUUUGUGUAUAUAUUUCUUUCUUUAAUUUCUGUGUAUCUGCAUGUAAAUACACCUUUAUUUAUCACUUUUGUUUUUGUUUUUUUUUUACGUUGCAUCUGGAUAGUUCCCAGGUGGAGAACCAAGAAGCUGACAUGGCCUGUAAAGACAAUUGCUCACUCUCAUCCUCACCAUAUUUAAUAUUAUUGAUCACGUGUAUAAAGGUAGCUUCUGUCUGUGUAGGUAAGAGGAAAAAAAACUGCUUACUAAGGACUAACCGAUGAGAAUAUUUAUGUGUUAAACAGCAGCACCAUUUUGUACGAUAAGUCCAGUUUGCUUCCCUCAUUUAGGAUUAGGUUAGAAUUUAGGGUGUGCUGAUUUAUUUUGUGUGAUGCUAGGUAAGUUUGUGAACAAAAAUGUUGAUUACUAAGCCCGGCCGCCCUAUCAGUUCAUUCAUUUCACUGCGUCCAGUAUUACUAAUAUUAAUAUUAGGACUCGAUAAAUAAUGGUAAAAGUUGCCAAGCCAGUACCUGUAUCAGUGUGCUCGUCUUGGCAUAAUAAGAAACUUCUUUCUGACUUAUAGCAAAAGCUAGUAUUUGCUAAGUAACAAGCUAUUUAAGGAUGCAGCAGUAUUGUGUUUAUUUUUCUUUGCACGAUCGUCAGACAACAAGAACACGCUGAGGCUGUAGUUUCUCUAAGAAGUAUUUACCUCUUUUGUGUCUGCAUAGUUCCUUACAUGAUGCAGAAAAGUGGUGCUCGGAUCAGGCAGGGGGUUUGCUUAUGUUUUGUUGCCCAUUUUGAAGGAAAGUGUACACGGAAGGCCAACGUUUUCUCUCCACUCCACACUGUAGCAAAUAUGAAUACGUUCGCAAUAAUACACAGUGUUUCACACUGAGUGCCUCUCGGUGUAGCAAUGGUUUUUGAUUGUCCUUUUGGGGGGUUUUACACAAUAUGUACUGAAGUGACAAUGUAUUUUGUAGGAUCAAUUCUCAAACGCACACAUUUUUUUUUGGGUUAUGUGUGAAACAUUUUUCAUGCAGUGUUAAAUAGUUUCAUUGUACAGAGUCAUGCUUCACCUGGUUUGACUGACACCUCAGACAAAUCAAUGCUCAUUUCACACACAGGUCUUUUAUUUUUCUGGUAUUUUUCACGCAUUGUACAUGAAGUAUUUGUAUGUUUGUACAUCUGGAUUCCUUUCUUGUGUCUGUGUUCAGUGUUGGUUGUGUAAUCGGAAGGAUGGUUAGAGCAGAGGUGGAGAAAGUGGAAAUUGUCACCAAUUUUGAAGUCACAUGUUUGCUACUGAUGUUAAAUUUGGGGACGGAUGCUCAUGUACCUUUUUAAUCCAGCUCUUUUGAACUCUCUCUUUAGCAGGUAGUCAAUUCACAAAUGUAGUUUUGCUCCUUCUCGUCUGAUGAUUCUUAAAUAUGAAAAUAAGUAUUUUGAUUCAUUUUGUAAAUACAUCUGUAAAGAAAAUAAGAAAAUUUAAUGUUGUCUUUUAAAUACUUUUCAUUCUAAUAUGAAUGUUGUUAUAUUGUACUUAGAAACUGUACCUUUAAUAUUACCUUUAUUAAAAGUGCAUUGGACACAUCGGUUUUAGAUGUGCUUUAUGUGCUGUUAACCCAUAAUAAAAUUUACCGCUUGUAA